GGAUUGCUUACAUAAAUGGCACUCUUCAAGUCGGGUGCAACACAACACACAACUCUUCGCAAGUUGAACGACGCCGUUACUACCAUGCCUCCCAAAGCAUCAGGAAAGGCUGCCAAGAAGGCUGGCAAGGCUCAGAAGGCCAUAGCCAAAGGGGACAAGAAGAAGAAGCGGAGGAGGAAGGAAAGCUACUCCAUCUACAUCUACAAGGUGCUCAAGCAGGUCCACCCCGACACUGGCGUGUCCUCCAAGGCUAUGUCAAUCAUGAACUCUUUCGUGAACGACAUUUUCGAGCGCAUCGCUGCCGAGGCAUCCCGCCUGGCACACUACAACAAGCGCUCCACCAUCACCAGCCGGGAGAUCCAGACUGCCGUCCGUCUCCUUCUGCCCGGCGAACUGGCAAAGCACGCCGUCUCUGAGGGCACCAAGGCUGUCACCAAGUACACCUCCUCCAAGUAAUCUGACUGUCAGUCAGCUAGAAGGGGGGAAAAAAGAAGAAAAAAGAGCAACUGCUGUCUCAGACAGUAUUCAAACCCUACCCGGCUCCAUAGGA